CUUUCUUUCUUCUUUCUCUACCUAUUCUCUUGACAAGUACUUGUUAUGGUUAGGCCUUUCGCAGUCUUUCAAUUUCUCAUUGAAGAUCACCGGCGACGCAUAAUGGACGACGAGUCCAACUCCGACGCGGAAUUGAGGAACAUUGCGUCUCAAGUUAUACAUGUUUGUCAAAAAGCUCAUGUUCCUCAUCAUUUGGGCAUCUUUUAUAAAAAUAAUCCCUUAGAAUACUCGUUUAGUCUUAUAUUAUUCGAGACUAUCUUGGUUAUUCUACUCUCGAGAAUUGUCCGAUUUCUUCUCAAACCUUUAAAGCAGCCCAGAAUUGUCUCUGAUAUCAUUGGCGGGAUCAUCAUUGGACCUUCAGUUCUAGGGCGCAACAAGUCGUUUACAGAAAAUGUAUAUCCAGAACAAGCUCAAUAUAUGGUGGCGAACAUUGGAGUAUUGGCCUUCAUGUUUUUUGUAUUUUUAUCCGGAGUUAAAAUGGAUCUAGGUUUAAUCUCAAAAACAGGAAAAAAACACUUAUACGUUGCUUUAGUAGGAGUAUUCUGUCCGCUUAUAACCACAGCCGUACUCGGCUUCGUUCUCCGACCUAUGUUGGACAAAGAACUCGCCAAAUUAUCGGGUAUCGGAGCAAUGUCUUCGAGUUUGGCAUUGACUUCAUUUCCCGUAAUUUAUCUUAUUCUUAAAGAGCUAAACCUACUUAGUUCGGAGAUCGGACGAAUGUCCUUAACGACGACAAUGGUCAGUGAUGCACUUGGUAUCAUCGCCAUUAUCGUAUUCGAAGCCUUAAAACAAGGGGAAGAAGGUCAUGGAGACAGUGCCCUAUGGUACGUCGUGUCCACAUUCGUUAUUGGAGCUUUUUUCGUAGUACCCAUUCGACGAAUAUUGUGUUGGAUCGUUCAAAGAACUCCGAAAGGGAAACCCGUCGAUCAAAAUUACGUGAUCAUGAUUUUGCUCGGGGUGUUGGUGAUGGGAUUUUUUACGGACAUGUUCGGAUUAGCAAUAGCAAAUGGAUCGUUAUGGUUAGGUUUGGUAAUACCGGAUGGACCGCCCCUAGGAGCUACAAUUGUAGAAAGAAUUGAGACGAUAGUAAUGGAGAUUUUGAUGCCUUUUGGAUUUGCAUUGGUGGGAUUAUAUACGAAUGUAUUUGUUAUGGCUGAGUAUGGUUGGGACAAACUGGCUCCGGUUCUUAUAAUAUUUUUAGUGGGUUAUGCUUCUAAGAUAGUGUCGGUUUUUGUGGCAUCUCUAUACUUCGGAAUUCCUAUAAAAGAUAGUCUAACACUCAGUUUGAUUAUGAAUUUGAGAGGACAAUUAGAGCUCGUUAUCUUUAUUCAUUGGAUGGACAAAAGGAUAAUUGGAAUCCAAGUGUUCACGAUGCUAGUUUUAUUAACAAUAGUAACGACGAGCAUAUGUGCACCAUUGAUCAGCGUGCUCUACAAUCCAACGAAGCCAUACAUGGUCAACAAAAGAAGAACAAUCCAACACAAUCCUAAAGGAAAAGAGUUACGGAUUGUAGUUUGCAUCCAUGAAAAGGAAAACGUAGUUGGUCUCAUUAAUCUCCUCGAAGUCUCGUAUCCGUCAUCAGAAACUCCGGUCUCCAUCUACGCGCUUCGUCUCAUAGAGCUCGUAGGUCGCGCCACCCCGUUGUUGAUCGAUCAUGACCAAAAUGAAGGUCCUUCGAAGGAUGCAGAUCAUGAAACCAUCCACAAUGCGUUAAAAAGCUAUCAAGAAGCACGAAAAGAUUCCGUACAGCUCCAUUUUUGUACGGCUUUUACCGUAAAGCGAACGAUGUAUCAAGACAUCUGUAAGUUGGCUUUACUGAAUAAAGCUUCUCUCAUCAUCUUGCCAUUUGAACAAGGACAGCUUAAAAUACUUGCAGGAACUGAAAUUGUCCGUUCUGGAACUAAAUCGUCGAUAAGUUCGAAUGUCAUAGCUCAUGCGCCUUGCUCUGUCGGAAUUUUCAUCGACAAAGGCAAUGAAAAUGACACGGUUAGGCUGCAACCCUUUCGACGCGAAUACAAAUUUGUAAUGUUGUUCUUGGGAGGACCGGAUGCGCGUGAGGCGCUCAUAUACGCGGACAAAAUGGUUAUAAACCCGGAUGUUUCGCUUACGGUAGUGAGAUUUCUAUCGGACAACAACGAAGGAGACGAUGUGUUAGAAAAGAAAAUAGACGACGGAGUAGUAACGUGGUUUUGGAUGAAGAACGAAUCGAACGAGAGAGUAGUUUAUCGAGAAGUUGUGGUGAAGAACGGGGACGAAACACUUUCAGCAAUUCAGUCAUUCAACAGCAUUGAUAAUGAUCUAUGGAUUGUAGGUAGAAAACAGGGAAUAAAUCCCACAAUACUUAAAGGACUAACACAUUGGAGUGAGAAUAUAGAAUUGGGAGUGAUAGGAGAUUAUGUUUCAUCUUUUGAUUUUGGUAGUAGAGCUUCUCUUUUAGUAGUACAUCAACAGAUAAUGAGAGUGCAAAAUAUAGAAUGACCUUUUUGCUGUGUUAUUCAAUUUUCAGUAAAUUAUAAAAUAGAUACUAUAUCUUUUUUGGUUA